AAUCUCCUCAAUAUUCUCUCUAGUUCAUGCCCCCUUUCAUACAUACUGUAACGGCCUCAGCCAGCUGUUUGGCCAGUGGUGUUGACCACCGGUGGCCGCCUUCUCCUGCGUCCGUCGAAUUCCAUGUUGCGCCGGAAGCUCUGCAGUGCGAUAAUCGUAUUACCCGGGUGCUUCGUGAAUAUAAUCCGGCUGACCGAGGUACGCAGCUUCUCAUCAUCAACUACCGAGCCCUCUCUAACUCCAGCAUGAGAUGUGACAAUGGUGAAUGAGUGAGAGUUGCGUGAUUGAAGAUGCGCUAGCAGCUUGGAUUCGCGUCACCCCGAAUUCUUCCACCUCCGCUCGUCUCCGCACGACUUGACCACAACUCAUGGAGAAAUGGCAUCUCGAUGGGCAAGUGCAGCGGACGAUGCAGUGGAGGAUGCCCGACGCAAGGCGGAGAAGGAGGAGAAGAAGCGAUUGAAGGCAGAGAAGCAGCGCAAAGCGGAAGAAGUGAAACGAGCAGCAGAGGCAUCCUCGACGGAGACGAAUGGUCGGCGACAUGAUUACGAAGACACAGAGCGACCAGCCAAGCGCCGACGACUGUCAUACAGCGGAGACGAGCAGGGCAAUGCCACUGAGGAGAGCGAGCGGCAUCUCUUGUGUUUCCAACCACCAUCAUGGCAGCACAGUCGGUCUAUCGAGCGGUUCGACAUGUUGAAUGCCAUCGAAGAAGGCAGCUACGGUUUUGUGUCACGUGCACGCGAAGAGUCCACUGGUGAGAUCGUCGCUAUCAAGAAGCUCAAGCUUGAUGCUGUUCGAGACGGUGGCUUUCCAGUAACUGCGCUGCGGGAGAUUCAGUGUCUGAACGCGGCCAAGCAUCGGCAUGUUGUAAACCUCCGCGAGGUAGUGUCUGGAGAGGGCGAAACGCGAAACGACAUCUUCCUGGUCAUGGAGUUUCUCGAGCAUGACCUGAAGACGCUGCAGGAAGACAUGGACGAACCGUUUCUACCGUCAGAAAUCAAAACCCUACUACUUCAGCUCGGAAGUGCGGUGGAGUUUCUGCAUGACCACUGGAUUCUCCAUCGUGACCUGAAGACCAGCAACAUCCUCAUGAACAACCGAGGAGAAAUCAAGAUAGCCGAUUUCGGCAUGGCACGCUUCGUCGGUGACCCACCGCCUACUAACCUUACCCAGCUUGUCGUUACGCUCUGGUAUCGCUCGCCGGAGCUGUUGCUCGGAGCCAAGGAGUAUGACCGUAGUGUCGACAUGUGGAGUUUAGGCUGCAUCUUCGGCGAGCUGCUUACGAAGCAGCCCUUACUGCAAGGGAAGAACGAAGUCGAUCAAUUGAGCAAGAUCUUCGAGCUCUGCGGCAUCCCGAGUGAAGACACCUGGCCUGGCUUUAAGCGCUUACCGAAUGCUCGUACUCUCCGACUGCCUCCGGCGUCGAAGACCGCACAGGGCAGCAUCGUUCGCUCCAAGUUCGCAACGCUGACGAACGCUGGUGUUAAGUUGCUCGAUAGCUUACUGUCACUGGAUCCGGUGAAGCGACCAAGCGCCAAUGCGAUGCUUGAGCACCCUUACUUCCGCGAGGAUCCAAGACCAAAGCCCACAGCUGUGUUCCCUACGUUUCCAUCCAAGGCGGGCCAGGAGAAGCGGCGACGGCAUGCUAGUCCGAAUGCGCCUGCUCGUGCAGCGGCGCCGGGUUUGCAAGGUGAUGUUGAUUUCAGCUCGAUUUUCAAAGGACGGGAGGAAGAAGAGAAGGGAGGUGGUUUUCACCUAAAGCUCGUAUGAUCAUUAAUACUAGCACUGCAAGUCACCCGCAAACUGUGCGUGCAUUUAUCACCAGAAGCUAAAGCCCCAUGGCACUCCAUCUGUGGAAUCGGAUGUUUAGACUGGUACGACACAAUACAUCUCACCAGAA